GAAGCCUGGCAGCGUCCCUCUGGCAGCCGGGUGUAAAACGGCGCUGACGAUUUUGGGAAGACGGUUGCAGACUUCCGGUCAUACCAUAUCUCCGUUCUGGAUCACAAUCGGGCAGCACGUCGGGCAGCAACAAGCUGCAAUUUUACGUAGUGAAAGGGCUUCCUAAUAGGCUCAGGGAGUGGUGGCGCUUCGCUGAGGAGCUGCAGCAUCGUCAGCUUGAGGAUCCACAGAGUUGAACAUAUCAAUCAGAGGGAAGCCCCCUGUCUGGUACCUCUACUGCAAAGAUGAGCGGCCACGAUUCCAAGUACUUUACCACCACGAAAAAGGGAGAGAUCCACGAGCUAAAAGAGGAGUUGAAUUCACAGUUCAAGGACAAGAAGAAGGAUGCGGUGAAGAAGGUCAUUGCAGCCAUGACUGUGGGAAAGGACGUCUCCAUGCUGUUCACGGACGUCGUGAACUGUAUGCAAACAGAGAAUUUGGAGCUCAAGAAGCUGGUGUACCUGUACCUGAUCAACUAUGCAAAGAGCCAGCCAGAUUUGGCAAUCCUGGCGGUGAACACGUUUGUCAAGGAUUCGCAAGACCCCAACCCCUUGAUCCGUGCGUUGGCCGUGCGCACAAUGGGCUGCAUCCGCGUUGACAAGAUCACCGAGUACUUGUGCGAUCCCCUGCAGAAGUGUCUGAAGGAUGACGACCCGUAUGUGCGCAAGACGGCUGCCAUCUGCGUGGCCAAGCUGUUUGACAUCAACCCCGAGCUGGUUGAGGACCGCGGGUUCCUUGAGACGCUCAAGGACCUUAUCUCCGACAGCAACCCGAUGGUGGUUGCGAACGCAGUGGCGGCGCUGUCGGAGAUCCAGGAGAGCACGACCAAGCUAAUCUUCGAUCUCAACUCCAACGUGCUCUUCAAGCUGCUGGCGGCGCUGAACGAGUGCACAGAAUGGGGCCAGGUGUUCAUCCUUGACUCGCUCUCCCGGUACAAGGCCAAGGACGCCCGCGACGCGGAGAGCAUCGUGGAGCGCGUCACGCCGCGCCUGCAGCACGCCAACUGCGCCGUUGUGCUGUCCUCGGUCAAGGUCAUCAUGCAGCAGCUGGAGCUGAUCACGAGCACAGACGUGGUGCGCAACCUGAUGAAGAAGAUGGCCCCCCCGCUGGUGACGCUCCUCUCCGCGGAGCCGGAGAUCCAGUACGUGGCGCUGCGCAACAUCAACCUGAUCGUGCAGAAGCGGCCCACGAUCUUGGCGCACGAGAUCAAGGUCUUCUUCUGCAAGUACAACGACCCCAUCUACGUCAAGCUCGAGAAGCUGGAAAUCAUGAUCAAGCUCGCCUCCGACCGCAACAUCGACCAGGUGCUUCUCGAGUUCAAGGAGUACGCGACCGAGGUCGACGUGGACUUCGUGCGCAAGGCGGUGCGUGCCAUUGGGCGGUGCGCCAUCAAGCUGGAGCGCGCGGCGGAGCGGUGCAUCAACGUGCUGUUGGACCUGAUCAAGAUUAAGGUCAACUACGUCGUGCAGGAGGCGAUCAUCGUCAUCAAGGACAUCUUCCGCCGCUACCCCAACACGUAUGAGUCCAUCAUCGCGACCCUGUGCGAGUCGCUCGACACGCUCGACGAGCCCGAGGCGAAGGCGAGCAUGAUCUGGAUCAUCGGCGAGUACGCGGACCGCAUCGACAACGCGGACGAGCUGCUCGAGUCGUUCCUGGAGACGUUCCCCGAGGAGCCCGCACAGGUGCAGCUGCAGCUGCUGACCGCUGCCGUCAAGCUCUUCCUCAAGAAGCCGACCGAGGGGCCGCAGCAAAUGAUCCAGGUGGUUCUGAACAACGCGACCCAGGAGACCGAUAACCCCGAUCUGCGUGAUCGCGCAUACGUCUACUGGCGGCUCCUCUCCACCGACCCCGAGGCCGCGAAAGAUGUCGUCCUGGCGGAGAAGCCCGUCAUUAGUGACGACUCCAACCAGCUGGAUCCGUCGCUGCUGGACGAGCUGCUGGGGAACAUCUCGACGCUCUCGUCCGUCUACCACAAGCCGCCAGAGGUGUUUGUGAGCCGCACCAAGGUGGUCCCGCUUCGUGACGAGGAGGAACUAGAGGUGGAGAGUGGCCCAGAGGAGUCGUCGGGGCCCGCACCCCCAGUUCAGGGCCUGCCCACCCCUACCGGCCUCCCCAAGCCCGCCCCGGUGAACGACCUUCUCGGCGACCUCAUGGGCCUGGACGUCAACUCCGACGGAGGCCCCGCCCCGGCGUCUCCCGCCGCCCGCACUGCUCCUCCCAAGCCCAUCCUCCUGCAAGCGUCCGCCGCACAGGGCCUCCAAAUCAGCGGCCAGAUGGUGCGCAAGAACGGGCAGAUCUUCUACGACCUCACGUUCGACAACCAGGGGACAGUCCCGCUGGACGGGUUCAUGAUCCAGUUCAACAAGAACACGUUCGGCCUGGCGGCGGGCAGCCCACUGCAGCUGCCCACGAUCGCCCCCGGCUCCUCCGCGGCCACGGAGCUGCCGAUGAUCCCCCUCCAGAACCUCCCCCCCCCGGGGACCCCCCUGGCGGCGACGCUCCAGGUGGCGGUGAAGAACAAUCAGCAGCCGGUGUGGUACUUUGCGGACAAGCUGCCGCUGCAAGCCGUCUUCCUCGAGGACGGCCGCAUCGAGCGGGGACAGUUCCUGGAGACCUGGAAGUCGCUGCCCGACUCCAACGAGGUGCUCAAGGAGUUGAAAGACACGGUGAUUCCCAACGUGGACAUCUUGCUAGAGAAGCUGAACGCAUCCAACGCCUUCUUCAUUGCGCGGCGGCUGCUCAAGGAGACCAACCAAGACGUGCUCUACCUCUCCGUCAAGCUGCCGCCCAACCUCCCGCUUCUGGUAGAGCUCACUUUUGCGGUUGGGGACCCCGGCGUCAAGGUUGCCGUAAAGACGAGCAGUACAGAGUAUGCCCCGCUCUUCUUCGACGCGAUCGAUGAGCUCAUCAAGUCGAUCUAGGUGGGUGUUGCGCGGGCUUUUGUUGGACCAAUAGGGAUUCAGACCACGUAGCCAACCAGGACAAGGUAUGGGCGUGCCGCAAUGAGAGACCAAUGUAGCUACAAAGAACUCGCCUUGGAGACACGUUCAAAGUUGGAGACAGCCGCUGGCAGCUUCCAUUGAUGAAAUUCACAUGCCUCAUGCCCGCAAAGUGUAACUGCUUGACUAUGAUGCGGGGCGCAUCUUAGUACAGGCCACAAUCGAGGUUGCUUCAAAAGUUAGACAAUAUGGGGCCAGCACGGAUUUCUCCUCCAGCUGAUCUCAUUGUGUUCUUUGGAUUAGAGGCAAUCAUUUAUACAGGCUUGGGACGGAUGUCCUUUAUAUAGACCUCAUAUUCUGUAUAUAUAAUGUUCCAG